AUGGUGGAGGUGAACCCCUGGAGGUUUGGGCGCAAUGCUGCAGUUGCCGCGCCCACUGGCCCCCCUGCCUCCGCUGGCAGCUACCUGCAGCGAUCGGACCUGGAGGCCGCAGAACGCCGCACCCAAGAAGUCCUCAAGCGCCAGAUGGAGGACGCCACCAAGGCUCUCCAGACCAUGGUUGCCACCUCCCUCAGCGACAUCUCCAUAGAGAUUGCCUGGCAGCUCGAGCCGCGCGCGCAGCAUAUUGAGAAGCACGCGCAGGACAUCGCGCGGCUCAGCGCGUCCUCGGAGCAGCUGGUGUCGGAAAACGAGCGGAUGGCCGACCAUACUCGCGAGAGGCAGUCCACUCGUGCGCACGUGGGCUCCCUGGGCCGUAGCGCAGGGCUCAACAUGCUGCGCCUGGCGGACUGGGACCGACCCGCCGAUCCACAGCUCUUCGUCAUCAGCUGCCACAGGCCGUGCACCCCUGCUGCGGUCUUCUUGGGAUUGGCGCCAUGGUUGGAGGCCGCCAAGGUCAAGCCAGAGCAGGUCACCAUCAACGAGAAGGAGCCCUCCAAACGCUGCUACAUGUACGUCCCAGGAGCCGCUGAUGGACGUGCCCGUGCCUUCCAGCUGGCUGCGCACCUUAAGUGCGAUUCGGGCAGGUGGCCGGAGCUCGCUAUCCGCACGGUGGAAGGCACAGACGAGAAGCUGUACGUCAACCCUGACAAGAACCCGCGCUCCAUCAUACAGGAGGUCCAGACAAAAAAGCUCCUCGCGCUCUGCAGGGAAACCAUGCCUGGCGACUGGUGGAUGCAGCGCACUGCAGGCGUCGCCCAUGCUGGCACCACGCCGCGGGGACCCGACCUGCCGUCGAAGCUCUUCUGGAGCCCUGCCACCAGGAACGACCUCAAGCUGGACGCCGCAAAUCUUCCCAACCGCUCCACUUUCAAGUACAAGCUCUACUUCAGCGGCACGGGUGAGACUGGCCGCGCAAACUUUGGCGAGCCUUCAUGCCGGCAGCUCAUCUCCAACUCGCACAAGAUGACCGAGGUAGUCGCACCAGCGCCUACACACAUCGACCGGCACAAAAACCAGAUGACCGACGUUGACCGGGUCUUCAUAUCCUCACCGCCCCAGUAUGCCAGGGAGAUGCAGAUUGUAGCCAACCUGAGGUGCGACGCGCAAGAGCUGGCCCAAUGGCACGUCAGUGGCCGUGCUAUCCUCGAGCUUAAGAUAGAACCUCGCGCUGAACCCCGCAAGCUCCGCCAGAGCACCCCUGCCUGCAUCUUCAACGCUGACUUCUACCGUCAGCAGCUGGCCACGCGCGUCGACGCCUGCGACCUGGAUGGCUUGUCGGCGGUGCACCAGUGGGCAUGCGUCAAGCGCCAGAUGGCCAUCGCCUCCGAGAGCGCUCGCAACCUCGCGACGCGGACUCCGAUUGGGCGCAACACUGCUGAGGGCGUCGAGUCCAGGUGCAUGGCGCCGCGGGCGAUCGCGCGCGCCGUCUGGCGCUGUGGCCGCUGGCUGGCGAAGUGGCUGGUCGAGCGCACUGCUGCCGGCGCCGCCCGCCUGCUGCUGGGCGGCGCGGCCGUCGCGCCGCGCGAUGCCGCGGCCCGCUGCGGGCAGGCCAAGGCGCACCUCCGCGCAGGCCACCCCGCUGCGGGGACGCCCUCGGCGCCCACACCCUGCGCUGGGGCCGCAGGGCUGCAGGCUCCCGGCGUGCCCUGCGCCCGCGACGGGUGGCCCGCAGCGGAGGGCCCGUGCCCCCGCCGCCUGCGAGCCGCUCCAGGCACCUGGCUGCCGGACGGAGGCGCGGCCGCACGCACGGCCGCUCGCGCGGGAGCCGCGCCCUCCGCGCCCGCGGCCGCCGGGGACGGCGGGCCCCGUGGGCUGUCGGAGGCAAUCACGUGCGCAGCACCCGAGGCCUCUGCGCGCGGGCCGGCGCGGGCCAGCGGGCUCUUGACCUGGCCUUUGCAGGCUCCCGACCUAGCCCGGCACGGCCCACCGCUGGAGUCGAAGGUUUCUGAACUGGCCCUGGCCGUCCGCAAGGCAGGCACGCCGACGACUGAGCACGAGAGGCCCGACCUCGGCCAUCGCACGGCCGCGGCCGAACUCCCGUCCGCCCUGCGAGCGCCUCCGGGCCUCAUGCCGCCCCCGGGCCCGCCCUGGGAGCCCUGCCCCCGCCCAGACGUGCGCAGCAUCCCAUCGCCACAGAUGGCCGUGCCGCCACAACCGUCCGGCUUGCCGCCGCCGCCCAGCCUGCCGCCCCCCGACGUGCACAGCACCCCAUCGCCACGCAGCGACGGCGGCCGCGCUUCGGCGCCAGACACGUCGCAGGCGGCCCGCGGGAACCCGCGAGAGAUCCUGUGGUGCGGCGACAGCGCGGCGGCUCAGGCCGCUGCGCUGCGGGUGCGCGGCGGGUGCGCGGCCUUCUUGGGGGGCAGGAAGCACGGCACGUUCCACAGCGCCCCGAAGUUCGCGCGGUGGCUGUUCCGGCAGGAGCGCGGCGUGGACGUUUUGCCGUCCGCCGUCCUGGUGGCCGGCUGGCGAGAGGCGAAGCCGUGCAUCUGUGCCGUGGAGGCGGCCGCGACGGGGGAGACCGCUGGCCUGCGGCAGGAUGCGCAGCGCAGGUUGCGGGAGGCGUCGGAGGAGGUUCUCCCCACGGCCCAGGUCCACGUCGCGGUCUCUACCGUCAUCGUCCUGGUGGACGACGCCCGGCAGGUGCGGCGAGCGGCCCGGCUCACCCAGAGCAAGUGCGCGCAGCUGAAGGUCCUCGUGGCCGCCACCCCCGACGAGCUUCCGGCCCUGCUGGACGCGGCCGCCGGCGCGCCCGGAGAGACGCCGCCGGCCCUCUCCGAAGGCGCUGCGGACCGCAGCAGGCAGUGGGCCUGCCACCCCGCCACCCUGGACCUCGUCGGGCGGCGGCGGCCCGCCUCUCUGCGGGGCGCCCAGGGGCCUCCAGGGACCGUCGGCGUGGGCGCCCGGGCAGUGGGCGGGCCUCUCGCCGGCAGCCGAGGGGGCGCGCCAGGCUCCAGUCGCGGAGACCCCAGUGCGCGGGCAGUAGCGAGCUCGUGA